AUGAAGUUCACCGCCUCCGUUCUUACUCUCCUCGCCGUCGCCACUGGCGCUCUCGCCUCUCCUCACGGCCCCCCUUCCCCCUCCCCCUCCCCCUCCUCCAGCCCCCAAGAACAACAACAACAACAACCAGCAGAACCAGCCGACGUUGAGUGUGUUUCUUUCACCAACGGUGGUCUUGGAGGCGUCUGCAACGGUAUCCAGAUGUGCUGCAACAACAACAACGGCAAUCAGGGCUGCAACUUCAACGUUGGCGGUGGCACCAUCACCAUCAAGAAGACUGUCAAGAACUUCGGCUGGUAA